AUGGAAACAAUAGAUCAUGGAGAAGAUAAAAACUCUAUUAAAUUACGUGAAGAAGUGCAUUUUGGGACAUUUUAUAAAGAUUUAAAAGAAAACGAAGAUAUUGGACUAGUAUUUUUAAAUGACAAGGAUCACUUUGAUAAUAAUAAUAAAAAUACUGAAGAUAUAAUAUCAUCGCCAGGUGUGAAAAUUAACAAAAAGACAGGAAACCACAACAAGAAUGUCAAAAAAAUCCCAAUUAAACAAAUAUUGUUUAAAAAUAAAACCAUAUUUGAAGCAAUAAGCAGCAUACCUAAAGUGAAAAUACAGAAUUGGCCAAAAGAUACAACAAAUUAUGAGCUUACCAUGAUGUCAAAUGAGUAUGAGAAAAAAAUUUGCAAUACCAUUUCUAAAAUAUUAUGCAAUCAAAAAAUUUUCCAAAAUUUGUAUGACAUGAAUAAGCAAGAUUUUAUUUUCUUACAAUAUUUACUCAACCAAUAUCCAAUGCUGCACGGUAAACUAACCCUUUUUUUAUUUGAAUGUUUAAUCACAUUAUUAGAAAAUGAGUGGUACCAAUUUGAUAGGUUAAUUCCACACGAUCCGCACAAUUUAAUAAAAUAUAGUAUACCCCCCUGGAUUUAUGAUAAAUAUGGUACUGAUGAUGGAAGAGUGGCCCAAAUGGAUUCAAAUGCAGACCAAUCCUGUGCAGUGUGCGGAUUGUGCAAUUCAGAACCAGUAAACUCGAUUAUAUUUUGCGAUGGUUGCGAUAUAGCAGUUCAUCAAGAAUGUUAUGGAGUAGUUUUCAUUCCUGAAGGAGCUUGGUAUUGUAGAAAGUGUAUGCUAUUAGGCAACGAUUGUUUGGAUAUUUCUUGUAAAUUUUGCCCCAGUCAAACCGGUGCUUUCAAACAGUCUAGUGAUGGUUCUUGGGCUCAUGUGAUCUGUGCCCUUUGGAUUCCAGAGCUAACUUUUGCAAAUGUUAGUUAUAUGGAGCCUAUUAUUGGAGAAGAAAAUAUUCCCAAAAGUAGGUGGAAAUUAACUUGUUUCAUAUGUAGAAAAAAGGGAUGUUGUAUCCAGUGUUGUAGCAAAAAUUGCGUUACCGCAUAUCACGUAACUUGUGCGAAAAGAGCUGGUUUAUAUUUAAACUUAGAGAAACAUUGUAGUAUCUACGAAGCUGCCACUGGGUUCACAUCAACAUCAAAUGUAUUACCUGAUAGGUUUUUGGCUACUUAUUGUCCUAAACAUCAACCAGUAGGAUGGCACAAUUGUGAAAAUGGGAUCCUAAAAACCAAAGCCUUUUAUCGUGAUCAAAUAGCUAUUACUCAGCAGUUAAUAAAACAAAGAGAGUCUACAAAAUUUAAAAACUCUAUUGAUUCGCAAAGUAGAUCAAGUAAAACGACAAUAUCACCCUUUUUGGGGAAUUUAGUAAGGGAAGUUUUGCUACAAGUAUUUAACCCAUGCAAUGACAAUGCAGUUAUCAAGAGAAGCGCAAAGAAUAAGCGAUUAGAUGACAAUAACUUCAUUGAUACUUUAUCAAUUGAAAUUUGUAAGUAUUGGAUUUUGGAAAAAGAAUAUAAUAACGGCGCUUUCUUGAUUAAAAAAAAGCAGUUGUCAUACGAUACAAAAUCAUAUAAUGGAACUGAGUUAAAAUCGCAGAAGAAAUUUAUUGAAACGCGGUUAUUAAAAGAUUUAAAGAAAAUAGAUAUUUUGAGCAAUCUGGUGGUUGAGAGGCAACGGCAAUUACUGAAAGUAAAGAAAAUAAACAACGAAAUAUUGAACCAAUGUUUUUCUCCGAUUAACUAUCUAUUUAUUAAUGAACAUUUAUCUAAAAUGCAAAAGUUGGUGAAUUUUGAGCGGUUGUGUCAAGAUUUAAAAAUACGUGAUUUUUUAAAUAAAGUUAAUACAAACAACGUAGUUUUGAGCAAUUUUAAAGAAAUAUAUGAUGCUUUCCAAAAUGCAAUUCAAAUUCAAAGCAAAAAUAAAUUGGAACUAGUUGAAAUAGAAAAAUACUUGAAUGAAAUAAUUAAACCUUUACAAAAUGUGGAUUUUAAGCAAUUAUUGAACACGGAUUUUAAUAUUGAUUAUACAAAUAAUAUUGUUGUUGAAAAACAUAAAAACUUUGGAAAAAAACACCAAAAACUUUUAGGGCUUUUGGAUAUUCACAAAAACCAAGAUGACUCUGAUUUAUCUGAAGUUGAGGAUUUAGAAAUUAUGGAAAAAAGAACUUUGAAUGAACUUUGUGAAGUUAUGAAGACAUGA